ACCAUGUCUGAGAUCCAACUACGGCCAGAACGCUUUGAGCGGGGAGCGGGCCGAGGACGCGACAUAUCCACCACCACCACCACCAUUUAGGGUUAGAGGAUUUGCGCUCUCCAGACACAUCGCCCCAAAGUAGGUCGAAUCGAAGCGAUGGCGUCUCGUCUGCUUGCGGCGGCCUCCUCCUCCUCCUCGUCUUCCUCCCCCCUCGCUCGCCUCAUCUCCAGCCGCCGUAUGGCCGGCGCCGCAGAUCACCACGGAUCGACAAAGGUGAACAUGUGGCAGGAGCCCUUGAACCCCGGCAACUGGAAGGAAGAGCACUUUGUGCUAACCAGCUUAGCGAUGUGGGGCGCUAUUAUAUAUGGUGGAUUGAAGGUGUUUGGCGGGAAAAAAGAAGUGAAAACCGAGGCGGGGUCAGCGCCAGCAGCAGCACCGGCACAUUAAACUUCAUCCGAGCUUUAUUUUCUUACCGCAAUCUGUUUUAAGUAUGUUGUUGACGAUAAAUUGAGACCAAGUUUGUAAGGCUGGCAAGGUUAAGGAGCUGCGCUGCCCAGCCACCAUGAAUAAUCUGAACGUGGUGUAACUUUUCAUCCAACAAUUUUUCUACUACAGGAAGUUGGAAAUAUGCUAUUUUCUGUGUGA